AUGCUCAAUGGCGCAUCUAUCUUGAACGGCCGCUUCUCAGGCCUCCCCUUUCGUUAUAUUCUUCUUUCGUGUCUGUUCUUAAUCUUGUUAUUACUUCUAAUUAUCCAAGCCCUCCCUAAUCGACCGCAUGGAUUCCCGGUCUUGCUAUCCAAGCCAGAUAUCUUGCGACCGACCGAUCUCGCUGGGAGUCCUCGAGAGUGGAAACCAUGGGAUGACCAGGCACCUCCUGCGCAUGAACCUAUAGGUCUAGGGACUCUGCGCGACGUCAGGGAGGCCAACUUCUACCGGGGCGGGACCUCAACCAUAGAGGAUUCCCAUCCAAAGCACUCAAUCUACGACCCUUAUCCAAGUUAUAACAGUCAGAGCUGGCGGCGUUUAUGGAAAGGGACGUUCCAUGCCUGUCAAGGUCCCCGGGGUACGACCUUGGACCGGCGAAACCCUGAAGACAUGGUCCUGGCCUAUCGCGGGACUCAAAAAGGUAACAAUCAGACUGAUCUCGAUAGCUUGAAAGCCCUGACAGCGUAUUCAGACUUUCCGUAUCCGAUGUUCGGCUCGUAUAGUGCCCUUGGGCUCGACGGGUCUUCAUGUACCACGCGGUUCUCACGCCUGGGCGCAUAUGGAUACGACGAUCUAGACGCCCCAGCAAGGGCCAAGUGGGACAGAGUUAAUUGGGGUGCAUUGCAAUCCCAAUGCCGGAAGAGAAAUUCAGAUCGAUACAUCUCGCCUGCUGAACAGCGCCGAAUCAAAGACACAUUGCCGCUCAAGCAGACUACGCCGCCAGACAACAAUGACAAGCAACAUUCUUCCAAAGUGAAAGAGAGAGCUGCCGUUAUAUUACGCGCAUGGCAUGACAUGACGUGGACAGAGAACACGAAGCAAUACAUCAGGUCUCUUGUCAUGGAGCUCUCUUUGCAUUCAGGCGCCGAGUACGAGAUCUUUCUACUUACGCAUGUCAAGGAUAACGAGAUCCCAUUGCAUACGGCCGACGCAGCUCAACAUCUGAAGGAUCAAUUUAUCCCUCGUGAGUUCUGGGACAUGACUGUCUUCUUCAACGAGGAGACCCUGAAGUCCUGGUAUCCCAAGGUGCAGGAACAUCUGCCCCUCUAUCAGCACCUGCAGCCAGUCCAGAUCUUCUCCACACUACUCCCAGAGUUCGACUACGUCUGGCAGCUAGAGAUGGACGCCCGAUUUACCGGCCAUGCAUACCAUUUCCUCGAGCGAGCUGCCGCCUUCGCAAAGAAACAACCGCGGAAAUAUCUCUGGGAACGCAAUGCGCAUUUUUAUAUCCCCGGUGCCCAUGAUACCUACGAGGUCUUCAAGCAGAAUAUCGACAAGGCUAUGGUCGGUAAACCAAGUGUAUGGGGCCCAGCACCUCCAUCACACGCCUGGAAGCAGACGCAGACACCCAUCGGUCCCAUCCCACCAGUCCCCCGCCCCGAAGACGACAACUAUACCUGGGGCGUCGACGAAGAGGCAGAUCUAAUAACUUUCCUUCCGCAUUUUGACUCGGCCGAGACAACGUGGGUGUUUAACAAUGUCCUCUUCGAUCUUCCCCCUGAUACGCCACGUCGGGUUUCUCCAGUGACAAUGGGCCGGUACUCUCGCCUCUUACUGGGCGCCAUUCAUGAAGCCCAAAGCACAGCCGGUCUGGCCGUUGUCUCUGAGAUGACGGCGCCGUCGUUUGCACUAUGGCAUGGCUUGAAGGCCGUACAUGUCCCGCACCCGAUCUACGCGGAUGGGAAAUGGAUGCCCAAGGAGAUCGACCGGAUUGUGAACAAGGGGUCUGCUGAGAAGAUGAAUGGGGGAUCAGAUAGUAUCUGGAACUGGGAUCAUAAGUUCGACCAUAUACUCUAUCGCAUGAGCUAUAUGUUUACUUCGCAGGCGGCGGAGGACUUUUAUCGGCGGUGGCUCGGGUAUGAGGUGGAUAUGGGCCAAUAUACGGAUGGGAGUUUUCAUCAGGACCCCCAGGGGAGAAACUGGUUUGACGGGGGAGAGUUGAGAGAGGAUCUAUAUGGUCCCCUUUGCUUCCCGCCUAUGUUACUUCACCCUGUGAAGAACACUGGCCUUAAGAAGGGUCCCCCGAUGGCGGUUCCUGUAUAG